CGACGCGAGUAACCGUUCGCAUCAUUUUACAUCUACGCGCGUUCGUGCCUCGCGUACACAAGUCACUUGUUAUGGUCUUUCUUUAAUGAUUUCUGUAUAAUGAUAUUAAAAUGUCAACAUACUGUCGUAUUACUGGCAAAAGCCGUGGUUUACCAAAACCAAAUUAUUUCCCAUUGCUACCACCAAUCUCUCCGGCAGAUGCAAAACGGUUUUGUCGCAUAACUGGAAAGUCAUAUGGGCUGCCCGCGCAUCAUUACAUACCGGUGUUAGUUGGACGAAAAAAAAAAAAGUCUGAUCUUAAACAUGUAGAGAUAAAUGGAUAUCGGUAUGUAUUUCCAAUAAUAGAUGGAUGUUCAGAGUUAUCUGAUGUAUUAAAAACGAAGUGUACAGAUGAUCGUAGGUAUGUGUACUCUGUGGAUAAGCGUAGAUGUAGUCUCGUAUUUCCAACGAGCUUAGAAAAAGCAGUUAGAGAUGGAGAUGUUAAAGAUGUCAUGAUGUCAGAAACCAGUGAUACAGUACUUCUAAAAUUGCGUAAAGGUAAAACCGUUGAGUUAGAAAUCAAAGAAAUGGAAAUAUCUGGCGUGACGUUGAUGGAAGGCGAAGGGUUUCGGAACAGGCCCAAACAGAAAAAAACAGUCAAGGAAGAUUGGAGAAGGAAAAUAUUUGAAGAUAAAGAAAAGGAAAGCGAUGCUGAACUAGAACAGGAAGAACUUAAAUCAAAACGGAUAACAUUUUCAGCAGGUCAAGGAAAACAAAUUGAAUCUAUUGAAUCUAUACCAAAAAUUAUAUAUGCAAAAUCCCUAAGUGUUUCAAAAAUAAAAAAUAUUAUUAAACCAACUACAGAAAAUAUAAUACUUGGAGAAAAUAAUAAUAAUUUAAGACUUCAAACUGAUAUAUUACCUACUCCAAUUUCAAUUGAACCAAAUAUUAUAGAUCUCGGUUCUGCAUUUCCUGGAGUGGUACAUCAGACAUUUCUUAAUGAUACUUUUCUUACUAAUUUACCUAUCAUUUCAGUUGUAUCACCAAUAAAACCUUUGAUAAAAAACUUUAAUAAACUUCCAGUAAUUUUGCCUGAUAUCAACUCGUGUGCAAUUGAAGAAAUAUUAACUGAAGAUAAUAUAAAUAAAUUGUUAACAAUUGAUGAAAUUAAGGUACUAAUUGAAAAUAUUCAAUUGGGUACACAAAAAAUAAUUACAACUAGUCAAGGUACAACUAAAAUAUUUAAAUUAGAUAUUAAAAAUUGUGAAAAAUAUGUACCAGGACAAUAUAUAAAAACUGAAGAUGGUGAAAAAUUUGUCCCUGGUAAAAUUAUUGACACAGCUAAUGGAAAAUUAUUUGUACAUGGCGUUAUGGUCCAAACAUCAAAUGGACCAAAAUUUCUUCCCGGACAAAUUAUUGAGGACUCUGGAAAAUUUAUGUUUAUUGUUGGUCAAAAUAUUAUGACAAGAGAAGGGGAAUCAUUUGUUCCAGGACAAACGAUUACAAUAGAAGGCGAGAAAAGAUUUGUGUCUGGACAAACAGUUAUAACUCCUGAAGGUAUUGGUUUUGUGGCUGGACAAGUUGUUAACAAUGGUGGCGAAUCAGAUUUUAUUCCUGGACAGACUGUAAUGACUAUUCAUGGGCCACAAUUUAUACCAGGACAGUUUUGGAAUGAUGAAAAUAUCAAAUUUACUCCUGGACAAAGUGUUUUAAAAAAUAAUGGUGAUUGGGAAUUUGUUCCCGGUGUCUGUGUUGGGUCAUCUUUCGUACCCGGCUUAACAGUAGUCGAAAAUGAAAAAGAAGAAUUCAUUCCAGGAAGAAUAGUCGAAACUGAUAAUGAUACUUCUUUUAUACCGGGUAUAACAACUUUAGAUAACAAUGGAAAUACAAAAUUUGUUCCUGGAAUAAGUAUUGAAACAGAAAAUGGAAUAAAAUUUGUAUCUGGGAAUAUUUUAUCGGAUAAUGAUGGGAAUAAACAGUUCAUUUUGGGACAUGUAACAAAUUCAGAAAAUGGCAAAAUAAUCUUCACAGAAGCAAAGUCAUUACAGGAAGUAAUUUGUUCUGAUGAAGUACAAUCUGGAAUUUUGACAAAUGAUUCAUUUUAUCCAAAAGGUGAAAAAUCAGAUGAAGUUUUUGGACAGAUGGUACAAACCGCUUAUGGGGUAGAAUUUUAUCCAGGCGAUCAAGCAAUCUUACCAGCUGGAAAAAUAGUUCCAGGAAAAUUAAUACGAAACAAUGGUAUUAGAUUCGUUCCAGGUGUUGUAGUUGAUAAUAAAUUUAUACCAGGACAAAUAGUGGUAACAGAUAGAGGAGAGCAGUUUGUACCGGGACAAGUGAUUGAAACACAAAUGGGUCCAAAAUUUGUGCCAGGACAAGUUGUAGAAACAGAAACUGGUUCGAAAUUUGUUCCUGGGCAGACUAUUGAAACCAAAGAUGGAAUAAAAUUUGUACCUGGCCAGAUAGUAGAAACAAAAGCAGGUCCAACGUUUAUACCGGGUCAAAUAAUAUUUACAGAAGAAGAAGGAUCUAGAUUCGUACCAGGUCAAGUUGUUGAUACAAUAGAGGGUCCAAGAUUUGUGCCCGGUCGAGUUGUAGAAACUGGAGAUUGUGUAACUUUUGUACCUGGUCAAGUAGUCGAAACCACAGAAGGUUUGAAAUUUAUUGCCCCAGAUCUUCAAGAUGCAGAUGAUGGUGUAUGUGAGUUCAGUGUCCAAGGAUUUGAAGUGUCGCCAGAAGAAUUACAAGUUAUUCAACCCAAUUUUCCUCAAACUUCAUAUUAUACACAAAAUGGUAAAAUGGCUCUAGAUUCAAAAAUGUUGGAACAAUUAUCAUUUGCAGGUAUGAGUAUUGGAAGACAAGUUCCUGCAGAACUUCCAGAAGUUGAUGUACGCACACUUCCUUCAAUGGAAGUGGCGUAUGACGUUGCAGAAAAACUGGAAUUUAAUAAUGACAAUACAAUUAAAUUAGCUCAUAUAAUUAAUCGAUUAUGUAAGUUAGAUUUAAAAAAUACGUAUUAUGGAUCACCGUUAGUACAAAACUUAAUAAACAAGUUACCGAAAAUCAAAACAAAUGAAAAUGUAGCUGAAGUUAUUGAAAAUCUACUUAACACUGCUAAAUCGAGUCCUAUAACAGCUUUAAAUGAAAUUUAUGUAGUAAUAUUUGAUGAUGGUUUUGUAACGGAUUUAAAAAACCCUAAUAAAGUAAAUAUUUUGAAGGGAAUAAUGAAUAGUUCUGAACUUGAAUCUAAAUAUAUUGCUGAAGCAUUCAGUGAAAUUUUGAAUGAUUUAGAAGACUCUAAAUUACGUUCAGCAUUUGAACAUAUAGCAGAAGAAAAUAUAGAAUUAUUAAAAGAAGUAAAAUUAAAAAUCGACAUGAAAAAAGUAAACAAUGAAAAAGAAGCAAUUGAGGCAUUACAAUGGGCAAUUGUUAGUGUCAUUAAUAAAAACAGUGAAAUAACCGUUAAUCAAAUGUUAAAAGACAAUAAAAGUGAACAAUUCAAUCGUUUGUUAUCUGAUGCAGUUGGUCUUGCAAAAGCAUUAGGACUAAAAGAAGUUGCUUCAGUACUUAUGGAUGUUCUUGAUGAUCGAAGAUCAGCUGAUAUAUUAGCUUCAGAUAAGAUAACAAUAGAAAUAUUAAGACGACUGACUGUAAUGAGGAAACUUGCUGAAAGACGGCCAGAAUUUAGUGAAACUUUAAACGGGAUGUCUAUUGACCCAAUUGAAGCAAGAUUGGAUCCAAAAUUACGUGAACUAGUCAGAGAAAGUGGAGUGUUAUUACUUCCUCCAGAAUCAAACGUUGAAACAUCGUUUGAUGUUCCAGCUGAAUUAUUUAGUCCUGGGAAUAGUUUAGCAAUGGAAGAUUUUAUGGUGAAAUCGAGAAAAAUGGGAAUUUUACUUAUAAUUAAAAAUGGUCUUCAAGCUGUAGUCCCCCGAGAAGCAGCCAGAUUAGUUUUAACAGGGCAGGUUCCAUACACUGUUUUGGAUGAAAGAGGCAUGCACAGAUUUGAACCAAUGAAUGUUCUAGAUGUUUUAAACAUUCGUGCAUUUAGCUCAGGAAGAUAUUCAAUGUAUAAUUGUGCUGUACAAAAAACACUAACGGAAGAUGAGGGAACGAUUACUCGUGGUAGUUCAAUUAGUUUGGAUGAUAGACAAUUAACAAUUGGAGAGGGGGGCGGAGACGAAUACGAGGUUCUUCAAGAUUAUGAAACAGAACCAGUUGAUGGUGCUGAUGAGGAAGAUGAUUUGAUUUUAGAACCCGGUGAUAGAGUUGUUGUACUAAAACAAUCAAAAGAUGACCCGUCAAUGGGCGCCGAGGUAAAACGAAAUUUACUGUUGGACAAUGCAGCGGCCAAACAUAAAAUGUCAGUACGACCAAAUAAAGUACAUCCAACCAAACACAAACCCUUGGAUACAGACGGGUCAUUGGUUCAAAGUCUUGACGAGCCAACUAAAAUGGGAUAUGUACCUAAUAGCAUUCUAAAAAAAAUACCGGCUCCUGUUAGAGCGACUGCUGUGGUUCCAGCAGAAGGACAAACAUUAUCAAAAAAGGAUGCAAAAUUUAAUAGAGAUGUGGUACUCGCAGAAUUAGUAGAAACUGAAGAAGAAUUUGGUCAAGAUAUUCAAGAAGUAGUAGAAAGAUAUUUAAAUCCUUUAGAAUUAAAUGAUGCACCAAGAAUAGUGAGAGAUAAUAAAGAUCUCAUAUUCAACAAUUUAAAACAAAUAUCGCAAUUUCAUAACACAGUUCUCAUUGCUGGAUUAAAAUAUGCUGCUAGCGAACCAAAAACUAUGGGUAGAACAUUUCUUCGUUUAGAAAGAGAUUUCGAUAAGCAUGUUAAUUAUUGUCAGACAGAACCAGAAGCACAAGAUUUUUUGGAAUGCAAUUAUCAAGUACGCGAUUAUUUUGAGGAUGAGAGAUUGAAAGUUGGUGAUGAUAAAGCUCUUUCGGAACACUUGAAAUUACCAAUACAACGAAUUAACGAUUAUCAAUUACUACUCAAGGAACUAGUUAAAUAUUCAUUACUCAUAGGAGAAGAUACCACUGACUUAGAAAGAGCUCUUGAAUUGAUGCUAUCAAUUCCACACCGAUUUACUGACACGAAAUUUUUAACAAAUAUAGAAGGAUUUCAUGGCACUAUACAUAAAUUGGGCCGAUUAUUAAAACACGGAUGGUAUUACGUACAAGACGCCGAAGACCCUAAAGGACACCAGCGUUAUUGCUUUUUAUUCAAAUCUAGAAUCCUUGUUUGUAAAGUUCGUCGAAUAUCCGAAGAUAAAUCUGUCUUCGUCCUAAAGGAUAUAAUUCGAUUACCUGAAGUUACUGUAAAAGCAGCACCAGACAACAAGCGUGUAUGGGUACUUCAUCAUAGACUAGGAGAAGUUGGAAAUUAUCCUUUCACCUUUAGGGCUAAUGAAGAUUUGAGUCGAGAUCAGUGGAUUACAGAAAUCGAAGAACAUAGAAACGAUUUACGUGAAAAAGAAGAUUUACAAGACCAAUUUUGGGAGCGAGAAUUUGUAUCUAUAACAGAAACUUCUAAAUCUUCUGUAACAGUGACAAAUGUUGAACAUAACAGUGACGAUAUCAAAGUACAAAAACAAAAGGAUGAAGAUUUAUUUGAACCACUUAAAGGUAUCGAAUUAGAUAUUUCUAAAGAAAUUGAAGAAGGUUUAGAUCCCAUUGAAAGACGAUUAGCACCAAAACCGUUGAAGCACGUCGAGGAACCAAAACGUCCACCACUUACACUUCCACCUAAAGAACCAAUAUUUGAAUGCACAUCACCACCUGAACCUAAGAAACGCCCAGAACCUGAGGUCAAAGUUGAAGAACCCCCUGUGAUUGAAAUGCCUGUUCCGCAAAAAGAGGUUAUUGUUGAAAAGGAAUAAAAGAAGAAGUACCUGCUCCACAAGUAGAACCAAUUCCAACUGAGCCCCCACCACCUGAA